AAGUUCGAAGGUCGGUCGCCCAUCGGCCCCGACGGUGCUCCUCUGGGACCCCCCAAGGCUUCCCGCAAGCCGCUCUUCUUCUUCCUCCUUGCCGCCUUUGGUCUCCCGUACCUGAUGCGCAAGAUGAUUAACACCAUGGCUGCAUCUGCGGAGGAGGAGGAACGUCGCCGCAUGGCUUUGGCUGGCGCGCAACAGCCCUUGGAUCCGUCCAAGCUUGACUACUGCCGGCUACUGUACGACUAUGCUCCUCAGGCCGGUAACGCCGUCAAGGACGUCGAUAUGGAAGUGCGCAAGGGUGACCUCGUCGCUGUUCUCUCCAAGAGCGACCCCAUCGGCAACCCUAGCGAGUGGUGGAAGUGCCGUGCUCGUGAUGGCCGUACGGGCUACCUCCCGUCGACCUACCUCGAGGUUAUCAAGCGACCUGGCCAGCCUCUCGCCGCCAUAAAGGGUGCGCCUAGCGACAGCAGCCGCACCAACUCGCUGACCGGCGCCGCUCCGGAAAAGGGACCGGAAAUCAAGACGAAGAUUGGAGACGUCUCGCCCGAGAGCUUCCAGAAGAGUGUGUUCUACAACUAAACUACAUAUCAACCACCCGUCACGAAGGGCGACCUAUCUGGCAGGAACGAUAAAGCGGUGUGACGAGCGAUGCGACGUGACGAGCGGAGAGACGGAUUUUUCUUUGUUGGUUUU